UGAAUCUUUCCAUUUUCCCGCCAUCGAGCAUGCAUGGUCUGUGAUUAGUCCUAUAAACUGGACAGGUCUCCCACAAUCUCUCUCAAUCCAAAAACAAACCAUGAAGCCAAGUCUUCCUACAAUCCUUCAACAAGCUUACCUCUUCUUUCGAAGUCACCCCAUAAUCCUCUCAAUACUCAUCACCCUCUCCCUCCUCUUACUCUACUCCACAACUCGCAGGGGCGGCAAGGUAGUCAUAAACUGGCCAAUCUUUGGCAUGUUUCCGUCCCUUAUCACCAACAACCAUCGCCUCCUCGAUUUCUCUGCUGAUCUCCUCAGAGAAUCCGACUACACCUUCUCGUUCAAAGGCCCGUGGCUCUUAGGCAUGGACUUCAUCCUCACUUGCGAUCCAAACAACGCCAAUCACAUGUUCAACCUUCACUUCUCCAAUUACCCCAAAGGCCAAGAAUUCUCAGAAAUCUUCGAUAUUCUUGGAAAUGGAAUCUUCAAUGUCAAUGGAGAUUCUUGGACCGACCAACGAAAGAUGGCCCACGCUUUUAUGAGUACUAGAAGGUUUCGGUCGCAUGUAGGAGAGAGUACUAAAGUUAAGGUGACGAGAGUCGUGCUUCCUCUUUUGAAUCAUAUCGCGGAGAUUGACAAGGUUGUCGAUCUGAGCGAUGUGUUUAUGAGAUUCACAUUCGAUACGACUUGUGCUUUGGUUCUUGGUGUUGAUCCUGGUUGUCUUUCUUUCGAGUUUCCAAGCAUUCCGUUUGCAAAGGCUUUGGAGCACAUCGAGGAGGUUUUGCUCUAUCGACACACUGUGCCUAUGGCUUGGUGGAAGCUUCUACGGCGACUGAAUCUGGGGGAAGAGAAGAAGAUGGCGGAGGCAAUCAUGGUGGUGGACGAAUUCAUUGGUCAAUGUAUUCGAGAGAGAAGAGAGAGUGCUCAAAAGAUCGAUAACGAAGAAGAAUUCACUGAUUUGUUGGCAUCUUACAUAGGUCAUUCAGACGACAAGUUCCUUCGCGACACGCUUCUCACAUUCCUCGGAGCAGGAAAGGACACCACAGGAGCGGCGCUUGUCUGGCUGUUCUGGCUAGUCGCCAACAGCCCAGACGUAGAAAGAAAGAUCUUGGAAGAACUUGUUAGCCUUCGCCCACGCGACACAAGCAUGAACGGAGAUAUGACCGUGUUUGAUGCUGAGGAGACGGAUACAUUGGUCUACCUCCACGCCGUCUUGUGCGAAACCCUAAGGCUUUAUCCCUCGGUCCCUUUUAAUCAUAAAGAAGCUUUGGAUUCCGAUCUUUUACCUUGCGGACAUAAAGUUCGCCCAAGGACGAAGAUUAUUUUCCAUAUGUAUGCGAUGGGAAGGAUGAAGGGAAUUUGGGGGAAGGAUUGCUUGGAGUUCAGGCCGGAGAGAUGGAUAACAGAGAAGGGGACACUGAAGCAUGAGCCAUCGUAUAAGUUCAUCGCAUUUCAUUCAGGACCGAGGUCUUGUUUGGGGAAGAGCACGGCGUUUACUCAGAUAAAAUCGAUGGUGGCUGCGAUCAUGUACAACUUCAGAGUGCAGGUGGUUGACGGUCAUGUUGUUGAGCCUAAGAUUUCUAUCGUGAUUCAAGCGAAGAAUGGGUUGAUGGUUAAGUUGAAGAAGAGAGAGGUUAAGGAGCGCUACUGAUAAGCGUCGUCGCGUUCUAAGGGUAAAUUAAGUUGAUACUUAAGUUAGUGGCUACUGGCUAGGGAUAAUGUUGUUCUUUGGAUUGAGAAAUAAUCUGGCUUACCUGUUCAAGGCUAUUAUGCUUGCUUGCAGUGUACUAACAACUUUAAUCGUUCAAGGAGCUUGAUCAGAUGGUGGUCUAUAUGGGGUUUAUGACUUUUAUUUAGGGUGCUAGACCAUAUUCAUAUCCGAGGAAAUAUUUGUAACUGUAUCCAUUACGAUAUGGAUAUGUUAACUCAAAUAUAUAACCGAUAGAAUAUGAUUACAGAUAUGUUUUUGUAGUGAGAUAUCUGGAUCCAUAUCCGAAAUAUUCGAAUACAUAUUGGUCACA